AUGAAUAAAUCUUCAAGGAUUUCCCUGGGGCCAAAACCUGUAAUGAUACCUUUUGCUGUUGAGCCUAAUAAAUCGCCUCGCUUAGGCAAAGAAGGGGCCCUGAUACGAAAACUAGUGGGCACUUGUGGUGGAUCCGCAAGAGGGAGCAAUGAUGGCCUGAUGUAUGAUCUUGACGAGAUGAUCUUUGAUAAGAAAGCAAGUAAAACAUCUGACGGUGGAGCAGAAGAGGCCUUUGAUGAUGUUGGAAUUAGUCCAUUUAGGUGUUGUUGGCAUGAAGUUCAAUGA